ACACACACACACACACACACUCACAUACAUACAUGUACAAGUGUUUGUUCCUCAGCUCAGACCAGUCUGGUUAUUAGUGAGUUAAGAUUAAUUUAUAAAUCUCAUGCAAACUCAAGCAUAGCAUGCUGUAGGACAACAUCUCAUUGGUUGAAAACUCAUUGAAGACAUCAGAUUGCAAUAAAGCAAAACAUUAACAGGUGCUGAAUUCUGCUGACUGUCUGCGGUUGAGGAGGCUGUAUUUAUGGCUCAAUAUGACCAACUCGAGGAUAAAGAUUCGCUGGAUAUUCAUGAUAAUCCUCCAGCGCCAGACAAUGUCGUAAAGGAGGAUGACAACACUGUGUAUUUUGUCUAUGAUGAAGAGGUGGAGGAAGAAGAGGCUCCUCCUCCUCCAACCCCUGAGCCAGUAGUCCAGGUCAAUGACAGACCACACAAAUUUAAGGACCACUACUGCAAGAAACCCAAGUUCUGUGACGUCUGCGCACGAAUGAUUGUUCUCAAUAAUAAAUUUGCCUUGCGCUGCAAAAACUGCAAGACCAACAUUCAUCACUCGUGCCAGUCAUAUGUGCAGUUCCAGAGAUGCUUUGGAAAAAUACCUCCUGGUUUUAGACGGGCGUACAGUUCUCCACUCUAUGAUCAAGAGAUCAAUAACCCUGGUCAGCAGAACCGCACUGAUCCGGUGUUUGACACACUGAGAGUGGGUGUGAUCAUGGCCAAUAAAGAGAGGAAGAAAGGGUCAGAGGACAAAAAGAACAUGAUGAUGAUGAUGAUGGAGGAAGAGGAAGCUCAACAACCAAAAGAGGAUGAAGAGGGUGGUGAAGGAAAGCAAGAUGGAGACAAAAAAGACAAAACAGCAGCAGAUGACAAGAACAAGAAGCAGCAGCAGACGUUCAGUCAGUCUCACUAUUAUAUGGCUCUGUAUCGCUUCAAAGCCAUUGAAAAAGAUGACCUGGACUUCCAUCCAGGAGAUCGCAUCACAGUGCUGGAUGACUCUAAUGAGGAGUGGUGGAGGGGUAAGAUUGGUGAGAAGACAGGCUACUUGCCCAUGAAUUACAUCAUCAGGGUGCGAGCAGGCGAGAGGGUAUAUAAAGUGACACGCUCCUUUGUGGGAAACAGAGAGAUGGGCCAGAUUACCCUGAAGAAAGAUCAGAUUGUGGUGAAGAAAGGAGAAGAGGUGAAUGGAUAUCUGAAAGUAAGCACUGGACGUAAACUGGGCUUCUUCCCUGCUGACCUACUUCAGGAGAUCUGAAUGACGGAGAUUCAUUCAGAAAAUAAGUGAAGUACAAAAAUGGACAGAGAAAGAUGAAAAUGUCUGACCUUACUGGCACUGUGAAAGAAAUACGAACACAUGUGGGCAUGUACACAGUUUCUAAAUUUAACUUUCACCAAGCACUGUAUAUGAAUAAAGAUGUUCUUUGCUGAGAAAAUAAAAACAAAGUUGCUCAUUAGUUGUUGAUAGUCUAAUCCUAGAUGUGAGCGAACAGUUUUCUAAAUAAAACGUGUCACAAAUUUUA